AUAUGCACUCUCUAGUGAUGAAAUAUAGUUUAUUUUCAUAUAUGUGUAUUAGAUGCAUUUCCUUAUAAUAUUAUUGAAAAUGCAACUUUAAUCUACACAGAUCCACGCGAUGUGAAAUGGUGGCGUUUAUGUUACGUUUACGAAACAGUAUUUUGAGUACAAUGAAUUACGAGAAAUAUUAACAUAGAUAUUAAGUUAAGUGACUUAGGUCAUAUUGAGCAAUAUGCCUGCACAAGAAGUUGCGGUUUUACAACCGCCAGCAACUGAAACAGAAGAAAAUAAUGCACCUUCUUCUCAGCCGAUUGUGGGCAUUAUUUAUCCUCCACCGGAGGUUAGAAAUAUCGUUGACAAGACGGCCAGUUUUGUGGCUAGAAAUGGACCAGAAUUUGAAUCAAGGAUUAGACAAAAUGAACUGGGAAAUCCAAAAUUUAAUUUCUUGAAUUUUGGUGAUCCAUACCAUGCAUAUUACCAACAUAAAGUAAAAGAAUUUAAGGAAGGGAAAGGUCAAGAACCAUCAAUAGGAUCUGGACCUGGAAAGGCAGUGAAUCUUGCAGCUCAUCAGAAACAGCAAGAAAUUUUAAAACAAGUGGAGCAACCAUUUGUUCCUAAAGAUCCACCUGCAGAAUUUGAGUUCAUUGCUGAUCCCCCUUCUAUUUCAGCUUUGGAUUUGGAUAUUGUUAAGUUAACAGCUCAGUUUGUAGCUCGUAAUGGUCGUCAGUUUUUAACUAACUUGAUGAAUAGGGAACAGAGAAAUUUUCAAUUUGAUUUCUUACGACCUCAACAUUCAUUGUUUCAGUACUUCACAAAACUUUUAGAGCAAUAUACUAAGGUAUUAAUUCCUCCCAAAGAUUUAUUACCACGUCUUCGUGAUGAAGCAUUUAAUAUGGACAAAAUUUUAGAACAAGUUAAGUACCGUGCGGAGUGGUUAAAAUACCAAGAAGCUCAAAGGCGGAAAGAAGAAGAAGAGCUGGAACGUGAAAGAGUUGCUUAUGCACAAAUUGAUUGGCAUGAUUUUGUUGUAGUUGAAACUGUUGAUUAUCAGCAAUUUGAAGUUGGUAAUUUCCCAGCACCAACAACACCAGAUGAAGUUGGUGCUCGAGUACUAAUGCAGGAAAGAAUAGAAGAAGGCGAAGAUGUUGAAAUGCAAAUUGAUAGUGAAGGAGAAGAUGAAAUGCAAAAUCGAACAGAAGGUGAAAAAGAUCGUGCAAAAGAUAAUAAUCAAGUGCAAGAUAUGGAGGAAGACUCGAGCGAUGAAGAUGAUGUAUCACCGCCAGGUGAUACUCAUAAGGUCAAAGAAUCGAAACCACGCGAUAGCAAUAAUAUGCAGCCACCACCGUUACCUCCUACACCAGGAAAUGUUGUUGUAAAGAAAGGAUAUGAUCCUAAACAACAUGGGAGCAAAGUUGCACGUCCUGCUGCGCCUGAUGAGUAUUUGAUAUCUCCAAUUACGGGAGAACGUAUACCGGCAAGUAAAGUUCAAGAGCAUAUGCGAAUUGGAUUAUUGGAUCCACGAUGGGUUGAACAGAGAGACAAACAUCUCGACAAAUUGGCUCAAGAAACAGUAUUUGCACCUGGUACAGCUAUUGAAGCCAGUUUGAAGCAACUUGCCGAAAGGCGUACGGAUAUUUUCGGUGUCGGUGAUGAGGAAACUGCCAUCGGUAAAAAGAUCGGGGAAGAAGACAAAAAGAAGGAUGAUAAAGUCACGUGGGACGGUCACACGUCGAGUGUGGAAGCAGCAACCAGGGCUGCAAGAGCAAAUAUUACUCUGGAAGAACAAAUUCAUCAAAUACAUAAAGUCAAGGGACUUCUUCCGGAUGAAGAGAAAGAAAAGAUCGGACCAAAACCCGCUAAUCGUGCAGCUGAACUGUCGCAUAUGGCUGCAGCAGCUUCGAAACCUCAAGCUACGUUGAAAGCACCACCUAAACCACCAGCUCCAAAGCCUGUACCGGUCCCAACGCAACCACCACCACCUCCAACCAUGAGUAUGCCUACUAUGGGUAUUCCACAACCGAUGAUGCCACAAGCACCGAUGAUGAUGAUGGCACCUAUGCCUCCAAUUCGGCCACCGCCUCUUAUGACACCAGCAAUGUCGCCAUUUAUGCCAACACCACCUCCCAUGCAACCACCAAUGACGUCCGCUAUGGGAUUGAAGCAUCCUAAUGAACCAAUGGAAGAAGAACCUCAGACUAAGAAAUUGAGAACGGAAGAUUCAUUAAUACCCGAACAACAAUUCUUGGCUAGGAACAAGGGUCCUGUUCAGUUGAGUAUAGCUGUGCCAAUGAUGACGGAGAAAGCAGAAUGGAAAUUGAAUGGCCAGACAUUGAAUAUUACUUUACAAGUAAGCGAUACUGUAUCCACAAUGAAAGCCCUAAUUCAUGAACAAACUGGUAUGCCACCUGGCAAACAGAAGUUGCAGUACGAGGGAAUGUUCUUCAAAGAUAAUAACACUCUCGCAUACUACAAUUUAACAUCUGGUAACGUAAUCAAUCUAUUUCCAAAGGAAAGAGGUGGUAGGAAAAAAUAAAGUAGAUAAAUACAUAUUUAAAUAUAUGUCAAAAAUUUUACACUGUCUGUAUGUAAAAAUCAAUUUUCUCUUUCCUGAAAAAUUGAAAAAAUAUAU